CUUGGUUGCAAAGAUGUCUCAAACAGUCACUGCCUCAACAUCUUCAACGCUUUGCAGACGAACUUCUAGUUCUAGACAAGAAACUAUUAGCAUUGUAAACAAUACGGAAGAAGAGUCUUCUGCGAACAUGACUAAAGGAAACGUCAACGCGCUUUUGAACUGGAAGCCGACCUUGUGUUUGGAGAAUAAAGCAAGCGUGGCGAGAGAUCAUUUGGCCAACGAAAGAACAUUUCUAGCAUGGCUACGUACAUCUCUUUCUUUUGUGAGUAUUGGUAUUGCCGUCACACAACUCUUCCGCCUAAAUCCUUCAAAACAUGACCAUUCAGGCAAGGAGGUUAUUGGUAAAGUUAUUGGGAUAGCGUUUACUGUUCUCGGAGUCGUAUUCCUCCUUCUCGGCGUUAUAAGAUAUUUCCAUUCGCAACAUACAAUGACGCUAGGUGAAUUUCCGGCAAGUAGGGGAGGGGUUGCAAUUGGAACUGGCCUGACAUUGAUUAUUUUGGCUGGAUGUAUGAUUGUUCUGUUAGUUGUGGAAAAGACUUCAUGA